AAUGAUUACAGUCGUAAAGUAUCAACAAUGACGAUACUGGGUAUUUAUAGAGAAAAUGAUAGCAGCAUUUUAUGCUAGGUAAUAAUUUGCUAUAAUACAGUCGCUAUAUUAUCUAUGUUAGUUCUUUCUUGGGUGUUAUUUCAUCCAACAAAUGUGAUUAUUCAUAUGAAGAAAUCGCAUAUAGAUCGCUUUUGUGUAUAUUCCAAUAGAGAACACAUGACUGUGAAUAUUGGCUAAAGUUGGAUAGGAAGAUUAAGGCAGAGCGCUGAAUAAUGCUAGAGUACAAGCACUUGGUACCAUUCAUACAGUAUCUUCCAAAGAGUUACUAGAGAAGCUUAUUCAUUUAUGGGACCUUUGUUUUUAAGGGUGCACACGAUUCAUUGGUUACCAGUAAUGUUAGUCGUAACGCAGAUAGUAGCAUUGUAAGAGUACUGAUACAAACAUCAUUGGACGUGAUACAGCAUAAUGCAUGUCUGUAAGGUAUAACCAGUUGUACCAUAGUAGUAUAUUUGUGAACAUCUAUUGGACCAUAUCUAUGCUAGAUAUUGGCCAGGAAAGCGACUAGAGGAAAUCAAUUCUAUAUAUGCCUCAUAUAGUACUUGUGGCUGUCCACAUAAUUCUCUGCCGGCAGAAUUAGUGUAGUUUCCUAUGAGCAAUGAAGAGUGGAUUGUCAAUACAUACAUCGAUACCACUCAAGAGAAAGUAACAUUAAAUAAAGAGUAGUGUAAUACCAGUGUAGUGUCUAGAGGAUAUUGCCACACGGUCUAUUGCACUAUAGUUAUCCCAAAUACACCACCAUACCUAUGGGAAAUCAUGUAGCGACAACUAUUGUAGAGAAGUAUAUUCCGAGGUAACGCAUGUACUAUGAAUGGGGGGCAUGACAACAAUUAUGUCUAACAGUUAGCCAUCUCACUCCCUACUAACUUUAUCAAGAUGGUAGCUCAUAGAAUGUUAUGGAAGCUCUGUGUAGUUGUGGCCUUCGGGCUCUCUGCCACUGUCACUGCUACUGAUGUAGCCCAGGAACAACCCAAGAAGGAAGAAUUGAAGAGUGGAUCAUUACGUAAGAAUGGCGAGUCUACCACUAAACGUCAAGAGGUACCUGAACCAACAAAGACUGACACUAAAGAAGACACUGAUCCAAAAGGGCCAUCUAAAUUUUCUGUAGAGUGGUAUUUGUUACCUAAACCCAUAAACAGAGCAACUCUACGUGACAUUUUGCCAUGGAAUUUACAAAACUCUGUGCCAAAGGAUUGUAAUGAGCCAAUAUUGCCUGUUAUUGAGAAGAAAAUUAGGAAGUAUUUCUCAUGGGUUGAGCAAAAGCCGGAGUCAAGGGGUGCACUAUUAUAUUGUACCGGUUGGUAAUUUAUAAACCGUUCAUCUUUUUGACGACAA